CGAGAAGAGCGAGCAGAGGUUGUUAGUGGGGGAAGUGGAGGAGGAGGUGGUCUCUUCCUCUGGAGGGAGGAGGCGGCGACCAGAGCCGUGUUCUCAGCAGAUAGGGGCUACAAGGGGCAGCAGUGUGAGGCAGUGCCAGCGCCCGCUCCUCGGAAGGGUCUGGCAGGCUCUGCAUUGACGCCUACCCUGCCCCCUAAUCUCUACCAGUGUCACAAGCUGUGCCAGCCAUGGAGGUCCCUGACAGCACCAGCAUGGAACCAGCUGCGGGCAGCGGAUGGGACCUGGGCACGCAGGUGCAGAUCCGGGUGGCCAUAGAAGCCGCCGAGGACGACGAGCCGGACACUGUGGAUUAUGGAGGUGGCCAUGAGGGAGGAAGCUGCAGCGAGGACGACUACAGCCGCGGGGACAAAUACAGUGGAGCAGCCACAAGUGGAGGAGAGAAUGACGGGGAUGAGCUUGACCAGGACUGGAAGUCCCCAGACCCAGAACUUAUCCAGAAACUUGUUGUGCAGAUUGAGUACUACCUCUCUGAUGAGAACUUGGAGAAAGAUGCCUUUCUGUUGAAACAUGUGAGAAGAAACAAGAUGGGCUUUGUCAGUGUUAAACUACUUACCUCUUUCAAAAAGGUAAAGCAUCUCACCCGUGACUGGAGGACCACUGCCUACGCUUUAAGGUAUUCUGAUAUACUUGAAUUAAAUGAAGACAACAGGAAAGUUAGACGAAAAUCUCCAGUUCCAGUUUUUCCCAGUGAGAACCUCCCCAGUAAAAUGCUCUUGGUUUAUGACCUUCACUUUAUUCCAGAGCUGCAAUGUUUAAAUAAGGAGCAAGAAAAUGGGGGGAUGCAAGAAAAGAUAAUGGAGCAGCUACUUAAGAGUUUUGGAGCUUUUGGAAGCAUCUCCUCUAUACGCAUCCUAAAACCUGGUAGGGAUCUUCCAUCAGAUGUGAAAAGAUUCAGCAGUCGAUACACUCAGGUUGGAACCAAGAAUUGUGCAAUAGUUGAGUUUGAGGAGGUGGAGGCUGCAAUUAAAGCACAUGAAACUCUUAAUGCCGAAAGUGACACUGAUGAUGGUAUAAAGGUUGUGCUAAUAGGCAUGAAGCCACCAAAGAAAAAGAUUCAGAAAGACCGAAGCAAAGAAGAAGACUCUAAGAAUCUUCGCAAAAAUAAGUCUCUCAACAAAAGGGUUGAAGAGUUACAGUAUAUUGGAGAUGAGUCUACAGGUUAUAGCACUUCAGAGCCGGAUAGCAAUCCCAACUCUCCAAUGGUGGGCCGAAAGAUCCAGUCAACCAAUAAGUUGAGCCCAUCUGCUUACCCAAAUAAUCACUUGAGUCCAAAUGCUUCACCCAGAAAUAGCCCUUGGAGUAGUCCUUGUGGCCAGCGUAAGGGGGUCAAGCAUUCCCCUCUUGCUGACGGCAUGAGCCCUGAAGUUUCAAGAAGGUCUACAGAGUACUCUUCAGACAGCAGCAUCACGCCAUCUAGUAGCCCUUGGGUCCAGAGAAGAAGACAAGCCCAAACGGUAACACAGGAAAAAAGUCCAGCGUGUAGUCCAAUGCUUGGGAGGAAGAUACAGAAUGCGGAUGGACUUCCUCCUGGUGUCCUGAGGCUGCCUAGAGGUCCUGAUGGUACAAAAGGGUUCCAUAAUGGAACAGAAAGGAAUAAGCUUGUGCAGAAUGUAUGAAUUCCAUGCAACCUUAUGGGACUUAAAAUUCUGUCAACACUUGCCACUAGUAUUGAAGUCUCCGGUAUGCAAGACUGUGCAUGUGGAGCCUCCACUAUUCCAGAGCUCGGCAACGCUUCUACCUGGCAAGAUAUUGAUUUCUAGAAAGACUGAUAAGAAGUCUGUAUUUAUUAUUUUUUUAUCUGAUUUUUCACUUACUUUGUACAGUUGGCAACAGUUAUGCUGCAUUAUAUUUUUUAUUUGUUUUUUUUAAGUUUGUUAAACCCUUUUAAUUUCUAUUUCGAUCUUACUGGGUAUCUGAAGCAAUUGCUAUUCAUUGACACUUAUCAACAUACUAAGGCGAGGAACGCAACAGGUUGCAUUAUCUCCAAAAUCUAUUGGCAGCUAGGACUAGUUUAUCCAAUAGGCUGUUGUUAAUCUUUCUGCAAUUCUCAUUGUACACUUCCAAAGACAGACGUGUAUAAAGAAUGUAUAUUUUCUGUGCUGUGAAUUAAAUGAACUUCCAUAAGC